UCCUCCUAAAGCCCCACCUGUCUGAUGGCUGAGACUUCUGCCUCAUUUCCAGAACUCCCAGGGACCCUUGAAUGGCUUGUUAUUUGCUAAAUGUGCAAGCACAGAUUGCCUGUACCUCCCCUCAGACCUUCCUGCCACUCCCUAUAGAGCUGUCUGAAGCCUGGAAAUGUUUGUUUGCCUUUGGAGAAAUUCUAGUUCCAUCUGCCCCAGACUCAUCACAACUACAGUAACAGCCGGUGCUCUGUAAGUUUCUGGAGCCUGUUCCAGCAGACAGGAGGUUCCUUCUUCAAGUCCUCUUUGUAACCCCAUACAAGAUGAGGAAACUGAGGCAGGUGACACCAAGGUCUUUUCAGGGCAAGAGUGACCUGCAGCCACCCAAGGUCAGCAAGGCCGAGAGGUUCCAGGCGCAGCUGGAGAUGAAACUGGUGAUGGGGGCAGCCCUGUCAUCUUUACAGGGAACCUCACAUGGCAGGUGGGCAGCAAGCUGGCCUCUCCGCAUCACUGAGCCAUCUGCUGACUGACCAGGCCCAAGUGACAGCACUGCUGGAAAGGAUGGAGGAGGAUGGAUGGUGGGUGAGUGCCGAGUUGUUUAUGCUAGGGCUGGUGGGGCUGCGUGCCCUUGGCCUGCUGCAGCAGCGGGGCCACCUCUGCACCAACUGCUUGAGGAUCCAGUACAGCCUCCUGGCUCAGGCAAAGCAGCCAGGGCACCAGUGCAGCACCGGCCAGAGGCUGCAGACAGAGAGCCGCUCAGAUGCCGCCUACAGGCUGGAGCUGGGCCAUGAGCUCCACUGCACACAGAUCCCAGCCUUCAGCCACAAGGUGGGUGCCCAGGCCACGUGGGAUGUCCAGAGAGAGCACCAGAGUCUGGCAAGUGGUAAUCUGAGUACCCUGAGCUCAUCCCCAAAGAGAUGAACUUGCUCCCAAUAGCAUAGCCAUAUAGGAAUGGAUCCAGGGCUGGCACUUCAGCCUCAGUCUUAUGUCUAUUCAUCCAGGGUUGCUUCAGCCCAGGAGGCAGAGGUUGCAAUGAGCCAAGAUGGUGCCACAAUCUUAUCUCUAAAAUAAACCAAUAAUAAGUUUAAAAAAAAAAAAAAAAAAAAAAA